GGCUCAAUACGGAGCUUACUUCCCGCUCCGUCUCCAGAGGCUCGAGGCCGAGGUGGAAUGGCUGCCCCUUUCAAGGUCUGGCGACCUCGACCCAGCUCGGGCACAUGUUCCACCUUUGGCAUGUCCGUGGGCUAUCUCUCUAGUCUCGUUAUCCUGCUGCUAUGGGCGAAGGCUGGAGGAACUACGACUGGGACGCGCAGCAGGACCGCAAGCACGACAAGGAACAGAAACGUGUCAGGAGCUACGUCGUCUGUGAGUCGUGCUCCAAGUGGAAGUGUGAGGGUCGGCUCAAGAAGGACCUGCUGUGCGAGUGCGGGCAGAUGCUUGGUCGUGGCCCUGGCGGUGCGCAGCAGCCAGGUCUAGCCCAGCAGUAUUCCUUGGAUCGGAUGAUCGAGUCGUUCUCCAAAUCGGGGCACGCAUUCGCCCCAGGUGAAGCUGAGGUGGUCGAAGCCAGUGUCGCAGCGGCUGUUGCACCACCCGCACCCAAGGACUUCGCCAACAUCUUUCAGCUACGACUGACGGCCUUGGAGUGGGCUACCAAGUACACCGAAUGAGCGGGUGCGCGAGGUCAUCAGCUUCAGUUUCAACUGAGUGAGGCCAGCGCCGACCAGUUCCAGACGGCAGAAAAACUUACACCUGCUAAAGGGCAGGCUGCUGUGGCAGGAUGGGAUCGCGCCCCCGCCAUUUAUGGACGUGCUCAGGGGGGACCAGCAACAGGCGAACCUGAAGUUGAUGUUAUGCAUGUCGGUGAUGUCCCAGGACAGCGACGUGGGGAACCUGAGGCCCUGGGGCCUUGACGGAUUCUGGGCCCUGAUCCAGGGCAAACCCAAGUUCAUCGGGUCCUCGAGAAGGUCGAGGGCCGCGCUGUAAUGCAGCGGCGGGCUGCGCCCCCCAUGCCUAGGUAGGGCCCCCUGCCCACCAUGAUUUUGCACCGGGAGGCCCGCAGAACGCAGUUAAGCUGCAGUAGCAAUCUGGGGCGCAGGCAGCGCAGCAGGAUAUCCCAGCCAUUCAGCAAAGCAGCAGGAUCCCAGCAUCCCAGCAUCCCAGGCCCCCUCUGCG